AUGAUACCUCCUAGUAAUACUGAGGGGGCUCCUAAAAAGUUAGCAUUGAGAGCAAAGUCAGAGAAAAACAAUCUCCCACAAAUUUCUGCCCUAAUCUCAUAUUACUCUAUUAUAUCGGACGUUCGUGAUAAACCUGCUAACAUCAUGUUGGGUCAGUUAUUACAGCAUACCCCUUUUCAAGACAAAUUCACCUCUAAAAUUACCAAAGUAAACCAAGUUGGAAACGAUGAUUCAGAAGAAUCUGAAUCUGAAGAGAAAACUGAGAGUGAAUUUAAAAAGAAGGAACUUAAAGACC